AUGUCUCCUGAAACCAUCGGCAUUGCGAUUAUCGCCACGGUUUUCUUCAUUGUUCGAUACCUAAAUCGUACAGAUACCCCAAAGAUUCAGAAUCUACCGGAAAUUCCUGGAUAUCCUCUCUUUGGAAGUCUUCUAGAAUUUGGUGUCUCUCAUGCAUUGGUAGCCAAAAGAUUGGCGGAAAAGUAUGGUGCUGUCUUCCAAGUAAGAUUAGGAAAUAGGCGAAUUGUAUUCGUCAACACUUUCGAUGCGGUCCGCCAUUUCUGGGUUACCAAUCAAUCGGCUUUGAUCUCUCGUCCUACUCUUCAUACAUUCCAUAGUGUCGUGUCUACUUCUCAAGGCUUCACCAUUGGGACUUCUCCUUGGGAUGAGUCUUGCAAACAACGAAGAAAGGCUGCAGCUACUGCUUUGAAUCGUCCGGCUGUUCAAUCUUAUAUGCCAAUCAUCGAUCUUGAGUCUCAGGUUUCCAUCAGAGAGUUACUCAAUGAUAGUAAGAAUGGUCAAGUUGACAUCGAUCCUAUCUCUUACUUUCAAAGAUUUGCUCUCAACACUUCUUUGACAUUGAACUAUGGAUCAAGACUUCACGAAGUUAAGGAUAGGGAUUUACUUCAGGAAAUCUGUCAUGUGGAAAGAGCUGUUAGCAAUUUCAGAUCUACGAGCAACAACUGGCAGGAUUACAUUCCCUUACUGAGAUUGCUACCAAAGUCGAACACCGAGGCUAUCGAAUAUAGAGAAAGAAGAGACAAAUACUUGAACUUCUUAUUGAACAAACUCAAGAAACAAAUCGAUGAAGGAACAGAUAAUCCUUGUAUUACUGGAAACAUUAUCAAGGAUCCUGAUGCAAAGUUGAAUGAGAAUGAACUCAAAUCCAUCUGUCUAACAAUGGUUUCUGCUGGUCUCGAUACAGUUCCUGGUAACUUGAUCAUGGGUAUUGCAUAUCUUUCCUCUGAACACGGUCAAGAAAUUCAACAACAAGCAUAUGAAGAAAUUAUGAAGGUUUACCCAGAUGGAGAUGCAUGGGAACGUUGUCUUGUUGAAGAAAAAGUUCCAUAUGUUACUGCUUUCGUUCGCGAAGUUCUUCGAUUCUUCACUGUUAUUCCUAUUUGUCUUCCAAGAACCAGUAUCAAAGAUAUUGAAUACAACGGGGCUACUAACGCUUGGGCCGCUGACUACGAUUCUACCCACUUCAAAUCCCCCAAUACCUUCUCCGUUGAUCGCUAUCUUGAUAAUCUCGAAGGCGGCGGUACACCUCACUAUGCUUACGGUGCCGGUUCUCGCAUGUGUGCAGGUUCACAUCUUGCGAAUAGAGAACUCUUCACUGCAUUUAUUAGAUUGUUCACUGCCUUUCGAGUUGUGGCUCCGAAAGAUCCAAAGGAUAGACCGAUCCUAGAUGCUUUGGAAUGUAAUGCGGUCAAAACUAGUUUGACAACAGAUCCUUAUUCAUUCAAGGUGGGUUUCAAGGUUAGGGAUCAAGGGAAGUUAGAGAGAUGGAUGAGUGAGGCAGAGGAGAGGACGAAGGAUCUUCAUUGA